AAUAUCAAAUUAAACUAAAGAAUUCUUCAAAACUUAAAAUCGAAAAAUUAAAAAGUCAACAAAUUAUUAAAAUAAAAACUAAUCAAAAUUGGAUUGAAAAUUUAACUCCAUUAAACAUUCCUAAAAAUGUCUCUGACAUUUUAGCUCUAGGAGGUAAUUUUGGUUUUCCAUAUUCUUCAAAGCAAAUACCAAUCCCCACUAUAAUUUCAAAUGUAGAAUAUGGCAUAAGGAAUAUUCCCUCUGAUACUAAAAAUACUAUCAGAGGGAAUAUAUCUUACUGGUUGCAAAAUUUAAUACUUAAUAAAACUACUUUUAAUUGUACUCAAGUAAAUCUAAUUAAUAAAAUUAACGAAACAAAAAAAUUUUUAAACUCUAAUAAAAAUAUUGUUGUAACCACUGCCGAUAAAUGUAACAAAACUGUUAUUAUAACAAAAAAUGAUUAUAUUUCGAAAACACUUAAUCUUUUAACUGAUACGACUACUUAUAAAAAAUUGAAUUCUGAUCCUACAAUCUCCAUUCAAAAUUGUUUACGAAAUCUUUUAAAAUCUUUUUUAAAUAAAAAAUACUUUGAAAAAAACACAUAUAAAUUUCUCAAUUGCACAAAUGGUGUUGCUCCAAAAUUUUAUGGAUUACCAAAAUUACAUAAAAAUAACAUCCCUAUGAGACCAAUUACAUCUUUCAUAGGUAAUCCAAUAUAUAAUCUAUCAAAACUUAUAGCUAACAUUUUAAAAAAAUCCCUAAAUACCGAAAAUAAUCACUAUAUUAAAGACAGCUGGGAUUUUAAAAAUAAACUUAAUAAUAUUUUUAUUCCUCCAAAUUUUACAAUCUUUUCACUUGAUGUUGUUUCCAUGUAUACAAACAUAUCUUGGACACUAAUCAACAACACUAUUAAAAGCAAAUGGUCAGAAAUUGAAAAACACACAAACUUCUCGCAGGAUGAUUUUCUUGAAGCUUUAAAUUUAUGUUUAAAUUCGGCAUACUGUCAAUUCCAAGGAGAAUUUUAUAAACAAAUAUUUGGUUUACCAAUGGGUUCUCCAAUAUCCUCAAGUGCGGCUAAUAUUGUCAUGGAGGGUAUUGAGGAUAAAAUUUUAAACAAAAUCAAAUAUAAAAUUAUUUUUUAUUUUCGAUAUAUUGAUGAUAUAUUAAUUUGUGCACCUUCAAAUAAGGUGGACGAUAUAUUAUGUAGAUUCAAUUCUAUCGAUAAACAUUUAAAAUUUACUUUAGAGUUAUCUAACAAUAAUAAAAUUAACUUUCUAGAUCUUUCCCUUUCAAUUGACAGUAAUAAUUUUAUUGAAACAAAUUGGUUUCGUAAAUCUAUAUGGACGGGCAGAUAUAUGAAUUUCUAUUCACACCACCCUCUAAGUUAUAAAAUAGGUAUUAUAUACACUCUAGUUGAUAGGGCUAUUAAAUUGUCAGAUCAACAAUUUCAUCUUGAAAAUCUUAACAUUGUUAAAAAAACAUUGCUACUUAAUGGAUACCCAAUAGAUCUGUUAAAUAGAAAGAUUUCACAGAGGUAUAAUGCUCUUACCAAUAACUUACAUAGAAAAAUAAAUAACAACAAUUUUCCAAUUGAAAAAAUUAUAAGUAUACCUUAUAUUCAAAAUUUUGAUGAAAUAUUUUUUAAUAUAUUUAAACAACAUAAAUUUAAAUUAGUUUUCACUAACUCUAAUAAUUUAAAAAACUGUAUUUUUCCAAAAUUUAAAGAUCCAACAGAGAAAUUUCAGAGAGUUGGAUGUGUAUAUAAAAUUCAAUGCAAAGAUUGUGAUAGUUGUUAUAUCGGAGAAACCUUAAGACAUCUUAAAACUAGAAUAAAAGAACAUAAACGAUAUGUCACUCACAACCAAAAUAUUAAUGCUUUAACUAAUCAUACUUUUGAUAAUAAACAUUCUUUUGAUUUUGACAAUACAAAUAUUUUACAAAUUGAAAUAAAUAACUGGAAAAGAAAAAAUUUGGAAAUGUUCUAUAUAAAAAAUAAUACUAAUAGUAUUAAUUAUAGAACAGAUAUUGACAAUCUAGAUAAAAUAUACUAUAAUUUAAUUACUUAUUUUAAAACAUAAUUUAAAAAGUUUAAUAACAUAGAAAUCUACUUUACCUAUCAUACCUGGACCCUAAUACACAACCCAACCUCUCUGUCAUAACUCUCUGUUCAUAGAAGCACAUUUUUUGCAAAAAAUGUGUUUCUACAAAAUUUAUAAAAUUAAUUAAAUUGUUUAAUAUAAAAUGUUUUUUUUUUAAAAAAUUUUUUUUUUACAAUAAAAAAAUUUUUUUCCUUUUCUAUACUUGUAAUGUUCUUCUAAAGGAUAUUUUAAUCCUUUUUGAAAUCUUUUUAUGAUGUGUCCAAUAUUUGGAUAAUUUUCUGUAAAAUUGUUCAUCCCCUGAUGAGGAACCAUAUGGUUCGAAACUAGUCGGGAUUAUAAAAUAAACAUCAUAUAAAAUAACCGUAUCUAGGCCUUUUCAUUAUCCUACAAAAUAUAUAAUACGGUCAAACAAACAAAAACUACUAUUAUACACUGGCCUUAAAACCAAUAAGACUCUACAUCAAUCAACAUGAAUAAAGAAUUUUACGAACGAAUUCUCCAUCAAUUUGGACAACACACUCUGAAUGAAAUUAAAAAUUGGAUUAAACUUAAUUAUAGGAUCGCUCGAAGGAAGAACCAAAGGAAAUUUCUCUAUGUAUGUAAAAAUUUAUGUAUCUUGCCAGAUCAUAUUGUUAAUAACACGUUUUUGAAUUUUCGUUUUUUCUCAAAAUCAUGCUGCGAUGGUUUAGAAACUAAUACUCAAUUUUUCGGAAGGAAAAUUUUAAAAUUAGAACUUUCUGACAUAUCAAGUGAGAUUAAAUAUUUAUAUAAAAAUUUACAUUUUUUUAACAUUAAAAUUUUACAAUUAACUAAUAAUGAUUUUUUUACAUUUUUAAAAAAACAAGUUUACUUAAAUCUUAAUAAAUAUCAAAUUAAACUAAAGAAUUCUUCAAAACUUAAAAUCGAAAAAUUAAAAAGUCAACAAAUUAUUAAAAUAAAAACUAAUCAAAAUUGGAUUGAAAAUUUAACUCCAUUAAACAUUCCUAAAAAUGUCUCUGACAUUUUAGCUCUAGGAGGUAAUUUUGGUUUUCCAUAUUCUUCAAAGCAAAUACCAAUCCCCACUAUAAUUUCAAAUGUAGAAUAUGGCAUAAGGAAUAUUCCCUCUGAUACUAAAAAUACUAUCAGAGGGAAUAUAUCUUACUGGUUGCAAAAUUUAAUACUUAAUAAAACUACUUUUAAUUGUACUCAAGUAAAUCUAAUUAAUAAAAUUAACGAAACAAAAAAAUUUUUAAACUCUAAUAAAAAUAUUGUUGUAACCACUGCCGAUAAAUGUAACAAAACUGUUAUUAUAACAAAAAAUGAUUAUAUUUCGAAAACACUUAAUCUUUUAACUGAUACGACUACUUAUAAAAAAUUGAAUUCUGAUCCUACAAUCUCCAUUCAAAAUUGUUUACGAAAUCUUUCAAAUCUUUUUUAAAUAAAAAAUACUUUGAAAAAAACACAUAUAAAUUUCUCAAUUGCACAAAUGGUGUUGCUCCAAAAUUUUAUGGAUUACCAAAAUUACAUAAAAAUAACAUCCCUAUGAGACCAAUUACAUCUUUCAUAGGUAAUCCAAUAUAUAAUCUAUCAAAACUUAUAGCUAACAUUUUAAAAAAAUCCCUAAAUACCGAAAAUAAUCACUAUAUUAAAGACAGCUGGGAUUUUAAAAAUAAACUUAAUAAUAUUUUUAUUCCUCCAAAUUUUACAAUCUUUUCACUUGAUGUUGUUUCCAUGUAUACAAACAUAUCUUGGACACUAAUCAACAACACUAUUAAAAGCAAAUGGUCAGAAAUUGAAAAACACACAAACUUCUCGCAGGAUGAUUUUCUUGAAGCUUUAAAUUUAUGUUUAAAUUCGGCAUACUGUCAAUUCCAAGGAGAAUUUUAUAAACAAAUAUUUGGUUUACCAAUGGGUUCUCCAAUAUCCUCAAGUGCGGCUAAUAUUGUCAUGGAGGGUAUUGAGGAUAAAAUUUUAAACAAAAUCAAAUAUAAAAUUAUUUUUUAUUUUCGAUAUAUUGAUGAUAUAUUAAUUUGUGCACCUUCAAAUAAGGUGGACGAUAUAUUAUGUAGAUUCAAUUCUAUCGAUAAACAUUUAAAAUUUACUUUAGAGUUAUCUAACAAUAAUAAAAUUAACUUUCUAGAUCUUUUCCUUUCAAUUGACAGUAAUAAUUUUAUUGAAACAAAUUGGUUUCGUAAAUCUAUAUGGACGGGCAGAUAUAUGAAUUUCUAUUCACACCACCCUCUAAGUUAUAAAAUAGGUAUUAUAUACACUCUAGUUGAUAGGGCUAUUAAAUUGUCAGAUCAACAAUUUCAUCUUGAAAAUCUUAACAUUGUUAAAAAAACAUUGCUACUUAAUGGAUACCCAAUAGAUCUGUUAAAUAGAAAGAUUUCACAGAGGUAUAAUGCUCUUACCAAUAACUUACAUAGAAAAAUAAAUAACAACAAUUUUCCAAUUGAAAAAAUUAUAAGUAUACCUUAUAUUCAAAAUUUUGAUGAAAUAUUUUUUAAUAUAUUUAAACAACAUAAAUUUAAAUUAGUUUUCACUAACUCUAAUAAUUUAAAAAACUGUAUUUUUCCAAAAUUUAAAGAUCCAACAGAGAAAUUUCAGAGAGUUGGAUGUGUAUAUAAAAUUCAAUGCAAAGAUUGUGAUAGUUGUUAUAUCGGAGAAACCUUAAGACAUCUUAAAACUAGAAUAAAAGAACAUAAACGAUAUGUCACUCACAACCAAAAUAUUAAUGCUUUAACUAAUCAUACUUUUGAUAAUAAACAUUCUUUUGAUUUUGACAAUACAAAUAUUUUACAAAUUGAAAUAAAUAACUGGAAAAGAAAAAAUUUGGAAAUGUUCUAUAUAAAAAAUAAUACUAAUAGUAUUAAUUAUAGAACAGAUAUUGACAAUCUAGAUAAAAUAUACUAUAAUUUAAUUACUUAUUUUAAAACAUAAUUUAAAAAGUUUAAUAACAUAGAAAUCUACUUUACCUAUCAUACCUGGACCCUAAUACACAACCCAACCUCUCUGUCAUAACUCUCUGUUCAUAGAAGCACAUUUUUUGCAAAAAAUGUGUUUCUACAAAAUUUAUAAAAUUAAUUAAAUUGUUUAAUAUAAAAUGUUUUUUUUUUAAAAAAUUUUUUUUUUACAAUAAAAAAAUUUUUUUCCUUUUCUAUACUUGUAAUGUUCUUCUAAAGGAUAUUUUAAUCCUUUUUGAAAUCUUUUUAUGAUGUGUCCAAUAUUUGGAUAAUUUUCUGUAAAAUUGUUCAUCCCCUGAUGAGGAACCAUAUGGUUCGAAACUAGUCGGGAUUAUAAAAUAAACAUCAUAUAAAAUAACCGUAUCUAGGCCUUUUCAUUAUCC